AUGAUCUCUGUGGGCAGCCUGACACCCAGCCUUGGGCACUGGGGUCUGAAUUGCCUGCGUUUUGAGAACUCAGUGGAAGACUACAACACACAAAUCACUUUGCCACUCUUCUUUGGCAACAAUAAUGGUACCCAGUUUCUGGGUGUGGGCUCUUCCUCCCUUCUGCCUGCUCCUAAUGUGCCUUGUGAUGGGUGGCAUUGGGAGGACCUUCGAAACCCUAUCCAGGUGGCAGCCAAUUACGCCAGUGUACACCCUUGGCAGCAGAUGAAUGGUGCCUCAUCUGGGGUAGUGUCUCCUCUCCUGGUGGAUCCCUAGAUUGAGCAGCCCUGCUGUGGGGACCCUGUGUGUGUACACACAACUGUGGAGCAGAAUGCCACAGCUAAUGAUUCUCCUGGCUGUAAACCUACAAAAAGAGACCCUCCAACUGGACGCAUGCCAGACCCCUGGCCACCCAGGAUGGACUUCCACUGGGUGCCUGGCUUAGACCCAGGCACUUUUGAUGGCUCUCCAUGACUACUGGACUGCUUUUUGACCCAGCUGGUUGAUUACAUGUCUGUCUGCUUUGAGCACUAUCAGGAUAGCCUCAGCUAUGUCUGUGAGACCCUUGGAUGUCCAGGCUAAGCCGGGGCCUGGGCAGCCUCCUCCCUCAGUGGGGAUUUGCUUUUACCGGACAAUUAUGAAUUCUUCUCCCAGACUCUCGAAGUUAUUCAAGACCCAAAUAAUUUUGCUGAGUACCAUGCCACUUUGCCUUGCCCCCUGCUCCCUGAAUCAAGCCAGUCACCAGUGGCCCCACAGCUGCUUGCAGUGAGUCAGUACUUAGCUAGGUUCUCAGAAGCUCUGGCACUCAAUAUGGGUACUCCUCUCUGGCCUGUCUUAGCUAAUCUUGCCACCCCUGCUUGGUUCAGGCCUAACUCUGUAUCCAUAAGUUCUUGGCCUGAGCAGCCCUCCCAAGAGAGCUUCCCUGGGCUCAAGGAGCCCCUGACCCAGUCCAGUUCUUCAUGUAGCUCUGAUUCUGGUGCUGUGGGACCAGUUGCCUCCCUUCCAUAGGCCUUUGCCUUAUGCCUUUGUCCUUAUUCCUUUAGAGUCUGUUCACUCCUUGGAAGCCAGAAUCAGCUCACUCUGGGGGUUCCAAACCCUCAAAAACAAGAAAAGGGCUCUGAGACAAAAGGAGACCAGGAAAUGUGUCUGGGUACCCCUGUGGUGUUCCAGAGACCCCACAAGAUCCACUCUUUUCUCACAUUCCCUAUCUUGCAUCCCUCAGAUGUAAGGUCCAGAAUGGUCCAGAAAGAUGCAGCAGUGCCUCAUGUGAUGAAGUACCAUGCGUAGCUAGGGAGCCCCAUGGCACCGUCAGGACAGAGUGACAUCUUCAGUGAAUUUAGCUGGGCAGAGAAGCACGUGUAUUUUGGAUGAUGUCCUGUUGAAGUAAGAGCAGCUCUCUCUGUCCUAGCAGAAUGUAGGCCUGUGCCACAUGAGCUGUAACUCCUAACUUAGUGCCACCUCAUCUGGCCUGUUCCCCUAGAACAGCUUUGUAGAUCAACCCCUGUCAGAUAAUUUGUAGCACUGUUACAACCUGCUACCCCCACAAAGAACACUCACAAAGGCUUCUAACUGGUUUUUGGGCUCUAACCUAGACAACUAGAUUUGCCAGGCCUGCCUUACUUGAACCUGAUUCCUGAAUGGUAGCCCUGCUCCCUGUGACCUCUAACUCUAGGCUACAGCGGAAAGAAGCCUUCAUGAAAUAAGCCACUGCUUUUUUUUUUUUUUUUUUUCUUAAUGCCAUAACUAUGGAGUAUAGUAUAAUUAAGUACAAACACCAUGUGUAAUCCAGUCCUGUGGUUGACAUUUCUGUUUCCGUAAAUGUUUAUCAUUUCUUUGUGUGGGGUUGUGUUUGAAGGCCUGCCUUCUAGUUCUUUGUAAAAUAUGUAAACCAGUGUUAUCAACUAAGUGCCAUACUGUGCUGUAGAAUAGUAGAACUUCUAUUACCUGAUGUGGUUUGGUAUCUGUUCUAUAACCUUCAUGUGUCCUCCCAUCCCAAAUUUUUCUGACUUGUAGUGACCACUUUUCUGCUUUCUGCUUCUGUUAGAUCAACUCUGAUAGCUUCCACCUACAAAUGAGAGCCUGUGGCAUUUCUUCCUGUGCCUGGCAAAUUUCAUGUAACAAUGCCUUCAGUUCCAUGUUGGUUAGAUUUGUUUUUUUAUGAUUAA